AUGCCCAUCCUUAACUUACUUACCAUUACUCUUCUCUUAUCACUAUUCUCUUCUUCCCUUUUUGCCGAAGAUACCAGUCUCACCAGGUGUCACACCGUUGGCUGCCUACUGUCAACGGUUAUGAUCGCUGAUGCAAACACAGCAAAUCUCCACGGCUGUGCUAUCAUCUUUAAUAAUCCGCCAUUCAAAAAGUUCAAAUAUCCGAUGAAGGAAGGCAAAAUCGGCGGCACAUCAGUUUUUGUUAACAUGACUGAUAGCCGUGCUGCGGCCGGACUUUGUUCAGAUGUGCGGGCUAGUGAUGUUGCUGAUAAGGCUAAUGGUUACGCUUGUGAGAAACUUGAGCAGAAGAUGAAGCAGGACUUCGAUGGAUGCACCAGUUUCGGUGGCCGAGGCAACUCUCUUGGAAACUUCACCAUUCAGUCACUCGAUAAUCUUGUUGAGCCCACGCAGCAGAAAUCUGAUCGGUUGAUGAAGAUUGCGAAUAAUAUGUCUUAUGGAAACAAUACAAACACAUACGAAGAUUAUACUAUAGAGGCGUACAAGAUUACGCAAGUAUUGACUAUUUUCUUAGGUGGAAACAAUAGUCUUGUUGACCAUACCUCCUCCCAAAUGACAUGCCUGAAAGUCAUCACUGAGCAGCAGGUUUCUAAUCCCGACCGUUUGGGCAACAUAGCCAUAGCCUUGAAGGGAAACUGGUUGUUUACUUCUAUUUUUGUAUUCAUGGGAAUUUCGCGGUGCUAUAGACAGGCCACAAAUUACACAUUCACUUCAGCAAAUGACAAUAUACAGUUGUUAUUAUUCUACAUUAGAUCUAAAAUGAAUCUAUAG